AUGUGCUCAGUGUUCACGCAGUUCCCAAUGCGACUGAUCACUUUGGAGUCAAGAACAUCAAAGUGGACAGUUACGGGGAUGGAUGAAAUACACAAUAACCCAAUGAGCCCCAGAAGUCUAGAGAGGAGCGGCCACAUCACCUUCAUAGAUGAAAAUGUUCUAUAUGUUUGGGGAGGCUACCAGGGAGAAGAUGGAGAAGACGUGGUGUUGCCUGGUGAUGAGAUAUGGCUGUUAGAUUUGUACAGUGGGACAUGGCAGCAGAGGGAGCUGACUGGGGACGUUCCUUCUGAUCUGACUGGGUUCUGUGGAUCCUUUCUGAAUGGGACACUGUAUAUUUUUGCAGGAUGUGACAGCAGUGGUUACACAAACCAUAUGUUUACUGUGGACCUUAGGAGCGAGUGUUAUGUGUGGAUAAGAAUCACAAACACGUCUGGAAAGACCCCCUCUCCUCGAAAGAAUCACUCGAGCUGGGUGCAUCAGGACAGAAUAAUAUACUUUGGUGGCUAUGGAUGCAAGACAAUGAGGGAAGUACAAAAUGGAGAUUCAUCAAACUUCACUGUCGAGGAUAUGUCCUGGACGACAAUCGAGGGUACACUGUACAGGUGCUGGGGCUGGAACAAUGAAGUUUAUAUUUUUGACACUCUAACCCCAACAUGGAUCUUGCCACAAACAAAAGGCUUGGCUCCUGUCCCCAGGAGCUGCCACGCUGCUGCCAUUUUAGAAAACAAAGGCUAUAUCUCUGGUGGUGUGCAAACUGCUCAGUUACAGCUUUAUUGCUUAGACCUGCUGACAUGGACAUGGACUUGUUUGGUGAAUUCAGGGUGUUCAGUGCCAAUGGGUCGCACUAUGCACUCUAUGAUCGCUACACUGGACGGGACGUUGUUUGUUUAUGGAGGUUCUGGGACAUACACAUCCGUUCUUAAUGAUGCCUGGCAGUAUAAUUUACACACAAAAGAAUGGACCCAAAUGGAUCACCAACAUAAAGACAAACCCAGGGUGAGCCAUACCUCGUGUCUCGGGAAUGACAGUGACAUUAUUGUGUUUGGAGGAUGUAGAAGCUCGAUUCUCAAGACGGACCCAAUGGACAUUUUCAGCUCUCCAUGGCAUCAGCACUGCAGUGAUGUGGUCGUCUUUCAGACCCAGCCGCACCCUCUCUCCAGGUAUGAUGCAAUGCACUCUGGUUAUGUGAAGACUGUAUAA